AAUAUUUAAUUUUGUCAGAAAUAGUGUCACAGCUAAUCGGGUUUUGGAGUAAUUUAGCGUUCUGUCCCAUGCAAUCUCUGUGUCCUACAAAGUCCUACAUCCUGCAUCCGUCGUCCGUACCUGCCAUUUCGGUUAUAAACGCGGCAACUAAAAUAGACUAAAAAUAAUGUCAUGCGGCCACAAUGAUUUCGGCUAUCGAUCUCAGUUAGUUCACAGCUGAUGCUGGCUACCGCCAAUACACGUUUUUUGAGCUGAUCUUUAAGGAUAGCGAACAGAAGAGCCAUGGAGGCCACCGAACAGUCCCAGACGCCGCUGCAGCCGGCAGUCCUCAGCCUAAACAACUGUCCCGGAACUACGCCCGGCACCCCGCAGAGCAAGAACCAACUGAAGAAGCAGAAAAAACUGGCCGAGUUUGCGGAGCUCAAGAAGUUGCGUCGGGAGCGGGAGCGGCAACGCAAGAAGCAGAAACGUCGGGAGGCUAAGGAACAGGGAUUGCCCGUGCGAGUAGGACCCUCGCGCAAGGAGCUGAAACGGCGCCAGGUGGCCAGCGCGGAGAACGGGUUGGCAACCUUCAGCGUGGCCAUCGAUCUGGACUACGACGACCUAAUGCAGGAGCGGGACAUAGCCAAGUGCGUGAAGCAGUGCUUGCGAAUCUACACCAUUAACCGACGGAGUGCGCAGCCGGGACGUCUCCACUUCACGGGGAUUAAGCGGAACGGACACAUCCACGAGUGCUUCAAGAAAAACGACGGCUGGGAGAACUGGAACGUGGAAUACCACUUUGAUCGCACCCACGCCGACUUGUUCGAGAAGCAGAAGCUCGUGUACCUCACCUGCGAGUCCGACAAACUGCUAGACAAGGUGCAACCCGACUGCACCUACGUUAUUGGCGGCCUGGUCGACCAUAAUCACUUCAAGGGCCUCUGCCACUCCCGGGCCACGGAGGCGGGCUUGACCACGGCCCGCCUGCCGCUCAGCGAGCAUGUAGACAUGAAGACGCGCGCCGUACUUAGUACCUACCAUGUGUUCGAGCUGCUUAACAAAGUGGCUGCGGGCCAGGACUGGACCUCGGCCAUUCUCGAAACGAUCCCAUUGCGAAAGGGCGCCAAGGCCAAGACGACGACCAACGAGCAGGAGCUGGAUGCCAACUCCGAGUCAGAGACCGAAACCCAGGUCGACCUGAAGGCGGACAGUUGACCCCGAUCAAAGCGUUUUGAGGUCUUUUUUGAUUUUUAUUUUAGUUUCUCUUGUUUUUAUAAAAUCACAUUUAGUUUUGUUUCGAAAAUUAAAUUACAACUUAAAAUACAUAGUGCAAAUAAUAGUUAUAAUAAAAUAUAUUUUUACAUUUCGUUCUACAACGUGCGAUGAUGGCCUCAGCGACAAAGAUCGCCAGUGAAACACUGAUGUUUUCCUAAUUUGCUCCACUCUUCCA